UCCCUAAAUUGGGGAAAGUAACGAAACUGUCAAGUUUUUGUUUGGUGCUGAUGUAUGUUCGAAAAAUCGGUUUUUUUCCCUUAAUUCGCCCCAAAUAGAAAAUGUUUACGAACAUUUAACGUUAAUUUCGCCCGAACUCAUCAUGAAUCGCGUAACAAACGGCAAUUUAGCGAUGCCACCGUCCGUUGUGGACAAAUCCAAAGACUGGCAGUUGGAGAUAUUGAUGGAGAAGCUGCGCUCGAAGGCGUCGCAGUACAAAAGCUUGACAGAGAUAUCCAAAAAUGUGCGAAUGGCCAUGCUUGACAAGCGCUACGCGUUGGACAGCGUCGAGAAGAGCCAGCACCAGAAAUGCCUCGACACUCUGCAGCACUCCAUCAAAGUGACGUCCUUGCAGAGCAUGAUCGAGCGGCUGGAGAGCUUGACGCGGCAGCUGGGGCUCAAGUUCAUGGUGGGCCCCUCGGGGGUGGAGCUCUUCAUCUCCUCCGACAUGUUCUACCUGGAGAUAGUGCUCGACCAGACGGGGGCCGUCAAAGACGUGAAAGUGCACCAUGACAGUAAAUUGGAGCAACAGAGUUGCGCUGAGCUCGUCAAUUGUUUAUCUAGUGGCGAUUUUGCCGAUUUCACUGCCCAGUUGGAAGGUUUUGCCUCGAUUUACCAGCUCAAUGCUGAGAAAAAGGUCAAGUGUAAGGCGUUCACAGCCUUGCAGUCGCUGGAGUCUGAUUUGAGCACCUUGGCUCACUUGCAGUCUUUCAUGAAGGAACCUUUCAACCUGCUGUAUAAGUCUCCGGUUGGGGUGCUGGAGAAGCGCCGAGGGGGACACCCCAUGAAACUCACCUAUUUUGUCUCUCCUUAUGAUUUAUUAAAUGUUGAGAAAUGUGAUAUUGAACCUAUUACUGUUGAUACGAUCGUUAGUAAAGCGCUGGGGUACAGUGUGACGGUGUGUAUGGAAGGGUCCGCUACACAUAAGUUGCAAACGACCACUCUCAUCACAGUUAAUAGGAAUAUUAACGGGAAAAGUACGCCGUCUUUUUCAUCGCUAAGUAGCCAAAAUAGUGCAGCAAUUCCGGCCUGUUUUGUCCUCAAAUUAAACAAACCAAUGCCAAUGUGUGUCAAUUUAGUUAGACAAAUUCAACAAGUUACUGAAUUGGAUACUAUAGAACAAUCAGCAACUCAUCCGUUACUUAGUUUAAUAGUACAUCACGCCAGUGAAGGGAAAAUGGAGUCUGGGAACAAUAAGGGCCUUUUUGUGACUUUGCCCGACCAAACACAUUGUUAUUUCAUGACUGAAAACAAAAAUAUGGACGGCGUUUUAGUUUCAAGCAUUCCAUUCACCCACCCAGCACAUGUGUCCCAAAUUUUAGUAAUCUUAAGACAACAAGCUCUCUUCAACACGAUAAUCGGCAGUUGUGUGCGUCCUAAUAGCAAACAAGAUUUUGAAAAUAUGACCAUGUUUGAGAUAAGUGCCCUUUCCUGGACCCACAUCUCCCUCUCCCUCGAGCACCCAAUUGAAGAAAGCAUGGCAACGGCCGAAAUCGACCUCAGCGACAUCUCCAACCUUGUUUGUAAAAUCGUAAGUCCCGGUACACCGCCGCCGCCCAACGCCCCCGACACCGCCUCCGAUCUAAGCACGAAAAUUUUAAACCGGUGUUUUUCCAUUCCGGUGACGAUGCGAGCCGUCUUGAAACUAUGGGAGAAACAAACCACUAAACGCCACUACAACGGACAUGAAAAUUUUAGUUUACCCCUCGGUUCCGGCGACCCUGGGGGUCACAAGGGGGCCCCAGGCGGCAAUUUAACGGAAUUCGGGGGGUUAGACAAGAUCAAGCAGGAGCCCCUUGGCAACGGCAGCCACGGCAUGAUGAUGCAAAGCCAUCAAGGCAUGUUUUUGAACGAAUCUAUGAUCGCUAGUGCCAAUUUUCCCAAUUUUCAAACCAGUGAAAAUAUGCUCACUAGCAUGGAGCUGACUAAUAUACUGGCAGGGGCCAACCAAUCGGAUAAAAUGAAACGGCCCCACAAGCGCAAAUCGGACGAUUUGUGGAAAAACAAGCGAAAGUUGGGCGAGGGGGCUGACCCUGACCUUCUGGUCGAGACGUCAAGUAGCGACUCCACGUCGCGAAGUACCCCAAUCUCGCAGGAGAAUGAAAUUGCGACCCCAAAUUCGGGGUUGGGGUUUCAGUCGGAUCUGGAGCUUAUGAGUGGCUUAGAUCCGGCGGAUUUGUUGGCCGAGUCGGAUAAAGUCGGCGGUGAUUUUGGGGCCUUAGAUGAGUUGGGGGAUGUGGAGGAGAUGUUGGCGGGGCCGUCGAGGCGGAAAUCGCACGAUCAGAAAUCACCAACUAUUAUGAUGGAUUUGGGGGAGAAAAGUCUGGUACCACCAAGUGUUAGUAUUACGCCGAUUGCGAGUACUUCACCGGGGUUUAAUCAGGGGGGUAAUGCGGAAAAAAGGCCCGGGAUUGAGAUUAUAGCACUUGCGACGUCAGCUGCGACUGCAUUGCCCAGUUCUAUUACGAUUACGCCGAUUACGACGUCGCAAAGUAAAGGGGAUGAGAAGAAUCGGGAGAAGAAGAGGAGCAAAAGUAGUUCGGAUGAUAAGGGGCGUCUUGAGAAGAAGCGUAAGCGAAAACGCGACGAGAGCCCGAUGGGCCCCCCGGACAAGGUGCCCCCGAAGCAGGACCCCCUCACCAAACCGGUCACCGUCAGCAUAAAACCGGCCGAGUCUCCGCCCCUCAACAUGAGCACCCCAACAAGCCCCAGCAUGAUGCGAAAAUUCAACGCUUCGCCCACUCAAAAUCGCAAUAUUUCCAUGAGUGGUAAACUAAGCCCCAACCUAAUGAAACCCACUCUCAAAACGGGCUCAUCGCAUCACAGUCCUAAACACUCCCCAGCCCAUGUUCCCAGUAGUCCUAAACACAUAAUUCCCGGUAUUUCGAGUCCUAAAAGCCACGGUACUUCCCCCAAACACCCUUCGACGAGUGGUUCCGGUAAACCGAGCAUGUCCACAUUGAAAAGUGCCGCGAACUCACCGAAAAAUUCCGAUUCUAAGACGAAAUCCACCUCGAAGGAUUCGUCCAGAGACAAGGAGAAAAAAAUUUCGGGUGUGUUUAACGUUGCGUCGAAAAAUAAAUCAUCAGUGAAAGUGAAACCGUUGGACUUGAAUACUGAAAAUUUGAGCGGGGUUCAGGACGGGUUACCGUCACCCAGUUCCACGGACUUGUCAAAAUCAGCGACUUCGAAUCAAGUGAGGAACCGAAAAGGCUCACUGUCUGCCAUUGUCGAUAAGUUAAAGUCGGCCCAACAUUGCGAUGGAGUCACCGAUUUGAGUAGCAAGGGGGCUAGUAGUGGAGGAAACAAAGACAGAAGUGGGCAAGUUUCAACGAAACUAAACGAGGGAAAAAGUGGGAAAAUCGGUGAAACGAAAAAUUCGGAAUAUAUGGUUAAGCCCAGUUCGGACGGCAUGAAAAUCACAAUAAAUAAAACCAGAAGUAAAGAAAGUAAAACAAGUGUGAGUAAAUCAGGCUCAGGGUCGCCCAAAACUCACACGGGGUUAAAACCGGGGGUUAACAGCGGCCCUGCGUCGAAAAAACCCCAACAUUUGGGGCAAAAACUUGUAAAUUCGACAAGUGGCCCCAAUUAUUCAAGUUUGAAGAGUAAAGCCCCUUCGGGGGCUAAACUAUCAAGCGGGCCUUCGAAACUAACAAAACUGAGUAAUUCACCGAAAAGUGCGACCGAUUUGAGCCGAAAAGACCGCCCAAAACUGAACAAAAGCAGUUCAGAGAAGUCGAUUUUCACGUCGAAGGAUGGCCGAAAAUCGAGUCCGACUUCAAACAGGGACGAGAGUGACGGUAUUUACAAGAUGUCGAAAAUGGAUCAUUAUAACCCACCUUCGAUUGUCGAGGGUUUAAUGACAGUGCGUCAAUUAGACAAAAAUUUCCAAAUACCGAAACUAUCGGCACGUGCAUCAGUCGACGACAAAAAACCGAAAGUAAGUUCGGAUAAUUUAAACAACAUCAAUCGGACUGUCGAUACGAAAAUCUUCGAUAUGAUGAACAAGUCGGACCUCAAAUACCCCCUCGCCCUCCCUCAAAAAACCUUCGACAAUGCGGUCGAUGUCAAAUUGAGGAACAACGUCACGCCCCUCCCUAGCUCUAGUCCAAAACUGAAAGACGAAGACGAUAAAAAGGACCAACCCCAGAACCUCGCCCAGACCAAGGACGACUCCGCCUAUAAAGUGAAUUAUCCAAUCGCGGUGUCCAAAUCGGUGCUCCCGCCCAUUUCCGAACCCCUCAACCUCUACACGAAGAGCAUCGAUUUGACGUCGAAGUUCGUGGCGCCCGCCCCCAAAGACGAUAAAAAGGACGUGAAGAAGAACGACGAUGUGCUUUUAGACUUUUCGGCGGCCGGAAAAAUCGAUAAGGGUGCAGCCGUGGUUACGUUUCCCCAAUCGCCUUCGGUUAGUGUUCAUAUAGUUAAGUCACCGGCGCCGUCGCCGUUGAUCGCACCAAGUCCACAUUCGGCCUCGCCGUGUAUCACUGACGAUGAGUUGAUGGACGAGGCGGUGAUAGGUAUAGGAAAAUAGGACACGGCCGGUAAGGUAGGGCACGACCUAAUCUCAAAUUCGGUGUAAAUAGGGAGGUUAGGUCUGCGAGUUUGUGCGCGCGCCUCGUAUAUACAGUGCGAUUGGUUGAGUGUGAUCUGCGUCUUCCAGUUGAAUUUUUAAAACGAAAAGAGAAAACAACCGAAUUAAGCAAUUCCUUAAACAAUUCAGAUUUGUGUUGCCUAGGGUGACCAGAUUGGCCUUAACAAAAAACAUGUGUACUAUAUUAUUCAAAUAAAAGAAAUAUCAAAAUUGUUUAUACCAAAGAAAAUAAUUAUAAAACACAAUCUACAGUUAGGUUGGCAUUACCAUAAAUAAUAGCCGUGCAGUUUGUUAGUGUCCAUUAUGUGCAAGUAACGUAGUCUUGGCUAGAGUUCCUAUAUAGGAACUCUAAUUUUCACCACAAUGAUUUUUUAAAUAAAAAACCAGAUAUAGUAUUUUUAUAGUAUUUGUUUUAAUUAAGGUUGGUGCAAUUUUUUCCCUGGCAAAAAAACAGUUUAAAAUUUUUUUUUUAAAUAAUUUUGGAUGUCGUUCCACAACGGGGCAUCUUUUAACGGUAUCCACGCUAAACACAAGAAAUUAGUGAAAGGAUGUGUCCAUUUUCCAUAAACAAAAAAAAUAUUUUUUAAAAUAUCAACUUCUUUUGUCAUACCUUCGGCUGUAUACUUUAAAAAAAUAUUUUUCAUUUGUAACGGUAGAAAUUUUUCUUGACUAGUCUCUUCAAGACCUACUUUGACUAUUAUCAAAAUAUUCAUGAUUUCAAUUAAUAAACUGCUGUUUUUUCCAUAGACUUUCGUAGGUGGAUAUAAAAAAUGGUACAAAAAUCAAAAAAUCGCAAAUUUAAUUAAUAAAACAUUAAAGUUCAGUUCUUUAAUAUUCUUUCCAUUUACCUUGAUUAUACAAUGUGUUUUUAAAUGAUUUUCAUCUAGUCGUCUGUGAUUUUCUCAUGUAAAAUCAGAAAAUGUCUCUUCAUAGAACUAAUGAUAGGCAUUUAGACAUCGAACGAAAUUUAAAAAAAAAUUCGUUAAAUUUU